GCGCAUGCGCAUCACAACUACAAAUAAAGAUGGGUGCUUGUGACGAUGAUGCAAAGAAAAUUGAAAAUUAACUAUAUCUAUUAGCAGUAGUGGAACAUCAUAGAUUGAUGUAAACACACUUAUAUAUGUUGUAACAAAUACGUUGCGCUGCACUCUCUGAGUUUGUGAGUGAUACGUAAUGUCUUUAUAUGUUGAAGAGCAACACAGGAAGUGCCAGUGGUUCGACGAAACAUGUGGGCGCACGACACGUAAACAUGUGGGCGCAACAUCACUAUUAGUAUUAUGUCAUGUGAUAGUAAACAUCGUGAGGAAGCGAUGCUGCAGUUAAUUUGUUGAUAAACAUCCCUAUGACGAGAAACUAACCUAACGCAUCUGUAAGUUGUCGGACAUUUGUUUGAGUAAAAAACCAUUGUGACCCACUGGCACUGGCACUGGACCGGAGUGGCUAGACAAAUGACCAUGGCGACCGCAAAACUUAGUGCACACGAUAAAAAAGACUUGGACAAAUUUACUAAAUUCUUGGCCAUGAAAGCCAUUCAGAUAAUAGUUCAAGCACGUCUUGGUGAGAAAAUUAAGACUAAAUCAAAAGCGUUUUCUUCUGGUGCAGACUGGUUCAAUCUUGCAGUCAAGGAUAUGCCAGAGGUUGUCAAUGAAAGCAAGAAAGUACUACAUGGCCAGCUGCCAACUGUUGGGAAUCCAAUCUGCGUUGAAAUAUCGCUACGCACUGUCGAUGGAGAUGCAAUGGUUCUGGAAUACUGGUAUUUAGGAGUUACUGACGAGUGUGAUUCAAACACAAGAGUCACAUAUACUGUUUACAACAGAAUGGGAAUAAUGCUGAAGUCGUUAUUGACGACAACGCGUGUAACUCCAGCAUACAAACUGUCCCGCAGGCAAGGCAGUGAUUCAUAUGUUGUGUGCUAUCGGCUGUUCUUUGGUGAGCCAAAUCUGCAAUGCCUGGGAGAUGGACAUCAGACGAAAAAGGUUGGAGGUGUUGGAACACCAGUUGGAAAUCUAAACCUCACUUUAGCAUAUAGAACUAAAAUGACUCUCACACCACAGAAGUGUGAGAAAGAGACUAUGCUUGUGAAAGAUAUGAAAGAUGACCAUUUUAAACCAGACUGCAGCCCAAAACGUACACCCAAACCGUGCCUGACAGGAUAUCAUUGCGAGUCAAGAGGUAACGUUGCAGAUGAGAUUGCCGAGGCGUUGAGUCAGUGCGAGGACUGCAACACAUUGUUCUCAACAUCUCCGAAUGCCGACGUAGCCAUGGCGCAUGCGACACAGCAUCACCAACAUCUCCAGGAUGACAGGGGCACCUGGCCUCAAAAUGACUGCAUUGAGAAACAGCAGAGCUUCAGUAAGCUGCGAAAGAUUGGAGCCUUCGUGCAAGGUGGUGACCUGCAAACAGAGACGACAGAUUUUAUCCUGCCAGAAAACGCAUUCAACAGUCUUCUGCAGCACGAUGAUGCAGCCAUCAGAAACCGCAACGGAGAGCUGUAUGCUAAGCAGCCGGAUAGGACUGGUGGAGUUGACGAUGAAAGGAGCCAUCAGUGUGAGGACGACCAUGGUUUACACAAGUCUGCAUACGAUCUCCAGUCGGUAGCUGAAGAUUAUGUCAUGGUUGACUUGAAAGCACCGUUUGCCGUGCCAGAUGCCAGCAAUGAGUUGACGACCUUCAUACGGGAAUGUCAGGCGGCCCCCACCUUAGCUUCAUUCAAUGAUCCACAGGGCACUCCAGAGCUGGAAGAUCUCAAACUCCAACUGGACGCAUUCGAGUUGAAUGCAGAUGUUUUUGACGACUUUGUCAAUACUCUACAACAGGUCGAGGGCUAGAGAGGCUGUGCUCAACCAUUAAUUAACACAAUCAUUCAUUCAAAGAUCUAGUAGUUUCUUACGAAAGUUGAGCGCCAUAUAGAGACGUUUUUCCAUCAAAGCAGAUUGGAUAAAUGAAUUUUUGUAAGGAUCAGGAAAAGUGGUUUGCAAGAGAACUGGUAUGAAGAUUGUUAAGUUUUAAUUUUGUAAGACUGCCUUCUGCAGUGCACUGGAUGGUGCUGUCACCAAUUGGUGGAAUUGUACAGAUUUGUCGAAUGUUCGUAUAGCUUUUAUGGCCUGGCCAGCUAAUUUCCUCAUUGCAGAUAAACAGUAUGCGUUCAAGCUUUCGGUAAACCAUACCAUUGUGUUUUAAUAAUUAAUAACUAGUAUGUAAAUACUUUGGAACUAGGUUAUGAUUGUGUAAUCAUAACCUAAUAGAUGUGACUAAUGAAAUUUUAUUCCCAUUUGUAAAGCUGAUUUUAAAAAGCCAAUAUAUUUGCAAAUGUAAAUUUUUGCUUUGUUAUGUACGGAAAAAAGAUUCUGUUGUCUAAGGAAAUCUGUAGCUUGAAAACCCAUGUUCAUGAUCUGUGUCAUUGAUAUAUGUUUUAGGUGAAGCUCAAAAUUAGCCAUAGAUUAAAUGGUCAUCUAUCAAAUAUCUAUUGUGUACAUACACACGGUCUUGCGCAUUGCUGUAGUCAAGAAUAGGUGACAAUAUCUAGUAUUAUAAGCAAGAACCCAUGGAGUAAUUGCAAGAAAACUGUUCGAAUGUGUGAAUAUGGACACUUAAUGGUAAACACAUUUCCUGGUCAGAUAAAAUGGUGACAUAUUCAUGUACAGUAUUUACUACAAAAGUACAAAUAAACAUAAUUUGUCUAUGGCAUUUUAGAAAAGAGCUUACAAGUUCAAUAUUAAACAUAGAACCAUUCCAGUCUAAUAUGAUGAAGCAUGUUAGAUGGAAGCUACCAUACUGUGCAUUAGAAAGGCUUCUCUAUUAAAGUUGUUUAAA